CCCCCCCUCCCCUCCCUCCCCCCUCUUCCUCCAUCCCCUGAACACCCGCUUCGCCCAGCCCGACACUUGACCACUUCGCUUCCCCAUUUGUGAACAUGUUCAAGCGUCACGAGUGGGACUCCAAGGCCGGCAAACAGUCCGGCCUGGAGGACAUGGUCCUCCUGACCAAGAUUGCCGAGGAUGCCAUCUGCGACAACCUGAAGAAGCGCUUCAAUGAUGACCUCAUCUACACCUACAUCGGGCCCAUCCUGAUUGUGGUCAACCCCUUCAAGUACCUGCCGUACUACUCGGAGAACGAGAUGGAGAUGUACCAGAACUGCACCCCCCACGAGGUGCCUCCUCACAUUUGGGCCAUCACCGACCACAUGUACCGUGAGAUGCUGAUCGAGGGCGAGGACCAGUGUGUCAUCAUUUCCGGCGAGUCUGGCGCCGGUAAGACCGUGGCCGCGAAGCACAUCAUCCAGUACAUCGCCGGUGUGGCCCCCAAGGCCCCGGGCCUGGAGAAGAUCAAGGACAUCAUCAUCGAGUCCAACCCCCUGCUGGAGUCUUUCGGCAAUGCCAAGACCCUGCGUAACAACAACUCCUCGCGCUUCGGCAAGUACUUCCAGAUCGAGUUCUCUCGCGGUGGUAUUCCCGACGGCGGCAAGAUCUCCAACUUCCUUCUGGAGAAGUCCCGCGUCACCUACCAGCAGAAGGGCGAGCGUAACUUCCAUAUCUUCUACCAGCUGGUGCUGGGUGCUUCCCCGGCUGAGAAGGAGUCCCUCGGCCUGGUCAACUGCCAGUACUUCCACUACCUGAACAUGAGUGGCACCUUCGAUGCCGACGGCCAGGACGAUGAGAAGGACUUCAAGGAGACCCGCAAUGCCAUGACCGUGUGCGGCAUUUCGCCCUCCGACCAGGAGGCCAUGCUGCGCCUGGUGGCCGGCAUCCUUCACAUGGGCAACAUCCAGUUCAUGGAGGACGGGACCAACUCCCGCGUGUCCAAGCCCGAGGCCCUGGAGUUCCCGGCCUACCUGCUGGGCAUCGAUGCGCAUGCGCUCAACCUGAAGCUCACCUCGCGGCAGAUGAUCACCCGUGCCCCGGGUGGUCGUACCUCCAUCUACGAGGUCCCGCUCAAUGUGGACCAGGCCAACUUCACCCGUGAUGCCCUGGUGAAGUCCAUCUACACGCGCAUGUUCGAUUGGAUUGUCUAUGCGGUCAAUGCCCAGCUCCGGAAGGAGGGCGAGUCCAUGUGCCUCGGUGUGCUGGAUAUCUAUGGGUUCGAGAUUUUCGACCGCAACGGCUUCGAGCAGUUCUGCAUCAACUACGUCAAUGAGAAGCUCCAGCAGAUUUUCAUUGAGCUCACCCUGCGCGCCGAGCAGGACGAGUAUGCCCGCGAGGGUAUCCAGUGGACCCCGAUCGACUUCUUCAACAACAAGAUUGUGUGCGAGCUGAUCGAGGAGAAGCGCCCGGUCGGCAUCAUGGCCGUGCUGGAUGAUGUGUGCGCCCAGAUGCACGCCCAGACCGAUGGUGCCGAUGUGACCUUCAUCAACAAGGCCUCGUCGCUCAUCAACAACAAGCACUUCAUCGGCCUGUCCAAUGCCUUCACCGUGCGCCACUACGCCGGUAAUGUCACCUACGACGCGAAUGGCUUCUGCGAGUCCAACCGUGACACCCUCUUCCAGGAUCUGAUUGUCCUGAUGCAGUCCACCAAUGUGCCCUUCCUGCGCAACCUCUUCCCCGAGGAUACCACCGUCGAUGACCGGAAGCGCCCGACCACCGCGUCGCUGAAGAUCCGCAACCAAGCCAAUGAGCUUGUGGACACUCUCAUGCGCUGUACGCCGCACUACGUCCGCUGCAUCAAGCCCAAUGAGACCAAGCGCCCGCGCGAUUGGGAGAACGACCGUGUCCUGCAUCAGGUCCGCUACCUGAACCUCAAGGAGAACAUCCGCAUUCGUCGUGCCGGUUAUGCCUUCCGUCAGCCCUUCGACAAGUUCGUCCGGCGCUUUGCCAUUCUCACGCCGGAGACCUUCCCCGAGUGGCGCAGCGGCACCGCGCAGCAGGGCUGCCUGCACAUCAUGAAGGCCUGCGAUGUGGACCCCACCCAGUAUCAGAUGGGUAACUCCAAGAUCUUCAUCAAGAGCCCGGAGUCGCUUUUCAUGCUGGAGGAGCUCCGCAACCGCAAGUACCAUGGGUAUGCGCUGAAGAUCCAGCGCGCCUACCGCCGCUGGAAGGCGGCCAAGUACUUCGUCGAGCUGAAGCAGCGCUCGCAGGACAUCAUGUACGGGCAGAAGGAGCGCAAGCGCAUUUCCCUGCGUCGCGAGUUCAUCGGCGAUUACAUCGGCUUCAUCGAGAACCCGGCCCUGCGUGUGCUGCUGCCCAAGCGCGAGCGCGUCAUCUUCGCCGACAAUGUCACCAAGUAUGAGCGUCGCUUCAAGCCGCAGCAGCGUGUCCUGCUCAUGACCGACCGUGUGAUCUACCUGAUUGCCCUGGAGGUGAUGAAGGACGGCCCGCAGAAGGGCCAGGCCGUGCAUGUUGUCCGCCGGACCAUGCCCCUGGACAAGAUCGAGGCCGUCAGCGUGUCCACCCUGGCCGAUGAUGUGGUGGUCUUCCACAUCCCCGGGGAGUAUGACAAUGUCUUCGAGACUGUCUUCAAGACCGAGCUCAUUUCCCUGAUGGUGGAGAAGGCCAAGGACCACUUCGGCAAGACCCUGAACGUGCGCUUCUCCGAUGCCAUCACCUACACCGUCAAGAAGGUCGGCUUCUCCGGUGCCGGUACGCGUGUCAUCAAGUUCCAGCAUGACAGCACCGUCAAGAUCCCCACCAUGAACAAGAACGGCAUCAUGCUGGUUCCGCCCGGCAUGCCCAAGGACUCCAAGAACAUCCAGCCAGCUGGCCGGGCUUCGGCCCCGCGUGCGGCUGCCUCCGGUGGCGCCCCGCGCUUCGGUGGCCCGCCCCCGGCUUCCGGCGGUUUCGGUGGUCCGCCCCCGGCUUCCGGCGGUUUCGGUGGUCCGCCUCCGGCUGCGGCCGGUGGCUUCGGCGGUCCGCCUCCGGCUGCGGCCGGCGGCUUCGGCGGUCCGCCCCCGGCUUCCGGUGGCUUCGGCGCUCCGCCCGGGGCCGGUGGUGGUGGUGCCCCGCGGUUUGGUGGUGCUCCGCCGGCCUCUGGCGGCUUCGGCGCCCCGCCUGGUGCUGGUGGCGGUGCCCCGCGCUUCGGCGGCGCGCCUCCGGCCUCCGGGUCUGGUGCUUCCGGCAAGCGUCCCGCCCCGCCGCCCGCCUCCAAGCCCAAGCUCCCGCAGUGCCGUGCGCUCUAUGACUACGCGGCCUGCGAGGCUGACGAGCUGUCGCUCUCGGUUGGGGAUGUGGUUUCCAUCACCGCCAAGGACGACGGCGGCUGGUGGACCGGCACCUGCAAUGGCCGCAAGGGUCUCUUCCCCUCGAACUACGUUGAGAUGAUCUAAAGGCGCCAGGCCGGCCGCCGCGCCCCCCCUCCCCCCCAUGGGCCUUUCGCCAUUCCAGCAUUUCUCUUUGCUCCCUCUUUUAUUCCCUCUCUCUCUCUGUGGGCCGCCUCCUCCAGGGGGGGAGGAACGCUGUGCGUUCUCCUCCCCCGGCAGUCGAGGCCACCUUCGCCCCCCCCCCUCCCCUCUCCUCUUCAUCCCUCUGUGUGGUGUUCGGUGCGCGCGCCGCCUGCCAGUGGCCCGCCCUCUGCCGUGCAAGGUCGCCCGACAAAGUGUGGGCGGCCCAUCUGCCCGCCCUCUUCCUCCCUUCUGCAAUAAAACCUCAACAUUGACGA